AUGGUGUGGACUCACCGGAAUAAUUGCGCAAGAACAGGAGGACAACAGUUUAAACGAGAUAGCGGUGCCACAUUCUUGAUGGGCGACAAUCUCGAACAACUCAUUACUGAUCCAGUGACCUACAUAAAUGUCGCGGAGGGACCUUAUUGGGAAACGAGGGUUGACUGGAUAUUCAUUGGCAAUUCGGGACUUUGCACGGAAGACCAUAGGAUGGUUCUCGAUACUGGUACCAGCACAGUCAAUCUGCCAGGAGAUAUUCACAUGGCGAUCAACAAUGUUUUGGGUAUCUGGAGGAGAAUGCACCACGUUUACGUGUUCGACUGUGAAAGGCUGCCUGACCUGCCUCCGAUUACAUUCCAAAUACAAGGGAAAAGGCUCCAAAUCAUGCCAAGACAGUACACAAUACAGGUAGAUAAUCUCUUUCGCACACAAGUGAUCAGCCGUUUAAAUUGUACAAAACACUCGCCUCUUAAUUUACACACAACCACCAAUGGAGUUACGACGUGUUACACUCGUUUUCAAAACACCAGUUCCGACUACCCUGUGGGUAUCAUACUGGGAAUGUCAUUCCUACAUUCAUUUCAACUGAUCUUCGACGACCACGCGGGUACCGUUGGAUUUUCUGAGCGCCCCGGGAGGUCUUCCAUUUCUUAA